AUGCCUUUCAAGCCGGUCGAGCAUCCAAAGUGUCCCAAGUGCGGGAAGAGCGUCUACGCGGCCGAGGAGAUGAGCGCCGGCGGAUACAAAUGGCACAAGUUCUGCUUCAAGUGCAGUGAGUUCAAUAAAAGAGAGUAAAUGAGAGAAAGGCUCUGUCCCCGUGUGGCUUCUUGUCCUUUUUGUCCUUUUCCUCCUUGUCUCUACGUGUCUUCCUAUUCAGGUAUGUGUAACAAACUGUUGGAUUCGAUGUCCUGCUGUGAGCACCAGGCUCAGCUCUUCUGCAAGCAGUGUCAUUGCCGGCGGUACGGUCCGAAGGUAGGAGACGCUUCUGCUCGACGGCUUCAGUAGGUUUUCUGUUGCAGGGAGUCGGAUUCGGAAUCGGCGCUGGAUCUCUGACAAUGGACACUGGAGAGCAGUUCGGAAACACAGAAGUUGAUAUGACGUUAGUGUCCGGUGCCCUGUGUUCUGUCUGUUUUGUCCGUGCUCCCCUGCCAAUCUAACACGGUCCCAGAGCCUUCCUUCUCUCUUUCUCUGUCCCUCCGUCCCUCUCACUCUCUUCUUCAGACAUGUGCAACAAGUUGCUCGACUCAUGCACUGUGGCUCCGCAUGAGGCAGAGCUCUACUGCAAACAAUGCCACGGUCGCAAGUUCGGACCAAAAGGAGUCGGAUUCGGACUGGGAGCCGGCUGCUUGACAACCGAUUCGGGCGAGAAGUUCGGCGGGCAAAAACAGACGUAAUCCAGAAGACUCAAUCGAAACGCGGGAAGAGGUGCCACCGGAUUGGUGUGCUAGAAAAAAGAAAUAGGACUAACGCCCGAGUGACCUCCUCAUAACUACCAUUUAAUCAUUUUCCAUUCUGUACUCACAAUAGACUAAGAUUAAAAUGAAACCUCGCUUCGUUGAUAAUCCAUUCGGAUGUUUUCAGCAACCGUCCGAUGACCGCCGAGGCCUUCACCGCUCCGAUCAAUCCGUCUCAUAGCUGA